AUGCCGCUCGGAGACAUGAUCGAUGACCCCACAAGCAAUGACGAAUAUGUCGCGCAGCUACUUGCUUCAGAGGCAAAGGACAAAUCGCUGAAAUAUUCCGCGCUUGGGCUUAAAGCGUAUCUUCCUCGUCGCCCGACCGAUCGAGCUCCGAAGCCCAAUACUCGCUUUCUAAAGAACAUUCUAAGAGAUACGGAUACUCACAAUGCGGCGCUGAGGCGCAAGGAAGAAGAGGAUGCUCGAGAACGUAUGCGCAAAUUGCGUGGGGAGCGGUCUCCCCCUUCGCGUCGGGAGCGACGCAGUGACAAGGAUGGGCAUUAUCGAGAUCGGUCGCCUCGCCGGCGGAACACCACAAGUCUCGGUCUGAGCGACAUCGCCGGCGGUAUGAAGAUGAAAGCGAAACGGACCAAGAUCGUGAAAUUUCAAGGUCUCACCGACGACAUCGCGAUGACGAGCGACGCUCAAAAAGACCGCGUCGGGAUUCUUCGAGAUCGCGACAUCGAUCUUCCAGAGACAAGAGGAGUGUGUCACCUCGCCGAUCACGCUCUCCGGGGAUCUCGAGGAGGCAUCGAGAUAGCUACAAGGAAACCGCGCAAAGAUGCGUACAGUUCGGAAAAUGAGUCCGAUCCUCUAGAGGACCUCGUAGGUCCAUUACCGUCGUCUACACGUGACAAAGCAUCCGGCAUUUCUACACGAGGGCGAGGCUCCUAUCGCCAAAAUACAAGCACAAUAGACGCCCACUUCGAGCAUGACUACAACCCUAAACUCGAUGUCGACAUAUCCGACAACGACGAGACCACGUCCUCGAAGCGCUCAACUCGACGCCCCGUUGCAGGUCUCAUGACUCAAGACGAAGACGAAGAUUGGAACAUGGCACUGGAGGCGCUCCGUGACCGAGCAAAUUGGCGACAAAAGGGUGAAGAGCGCCUACGCGCUGCAGGGUUUGAUGAGGGUACCGUUCAACGUUGGAAGGAAGAUCCGGCGUUUGCGAAGGGUGGUUCCAACAAUGAUUCCGAGGGACGGAUUGAGGAUGUGAAAUGGGCGAAGACCGGGGAAGGGAGGGAGUGGGAUCGUGGGAAGGUUUUGAAUGAGCAUGGGCAUUAUGAUGUUAAGGGGCAGUGGUAA